AUGGCAGUCGGAAUGAAGGCGGAUCUUGGUGAUGCUUCACCUAAGAAUCUCUCUGCUACUCGGGGUUUCAUGCCAGAGAUCCAGAUCAUGUCGAGCUUCUUUCUUAUGUUCAACUCAUGGGGUCUUAUCAACGCUUUCGGAGUGUUCCAGGAGUACUAUGCCUCAUUCGACCCCCCACUUGCAACUGCAUCUUCAAUCUCUUGGGUUGGCACUCUGCAGACCUUCCUCCUGUUGGCCGGUGGGUCCGCCACCGGAUCUUUCGUGGAUAGAGGCUAUGCCCAAACCAUGUCUUUUGUGGGCUGCGCCCUUAUCACCCUUGGAUUGAUUCUCACCUCCUUUAGUGGGGAAUUUACCGACUCCCAGUCUCCUGUGUACUAUCAGGUUUUAUUGUCGCAAGGGAUUCUGUCCGGCCUAGGUAUGAGUCUUCUCCUGGUUCCAUCGACAGCAGUCUUGUCCACGCACUUCACACACAAUCGUGCAUUAGCCGUCGGGCUCGCAGGAACGGGCGCAUCCGUCGGAGGUAUAAUCUACCCAAUCCUCACACGCCGCCUUCUGGUGAGAGUUGGGUUCAGCUGGUCGAUGCGAGCGAUUGCGCUUGUUGUGUUGGUCACUACAAGCAUCGGUGCUGCGCUUUUGCGUCAACGCGCUGAGCUUACGCAAAACCCGGCCAAACGAACACUUUACGAUUUACGAUGUCUCAAAGAUCCCAUAUACGCGCUGUUUAGUGCAGGAGUCUUCCUCUCUUUCGCUGGAGUCUACAUUCCCUACUUCUACAUCAGCGCCUGGGUCCAUGACACUGGAUUCUCGCUGCAUGGUAUGGAUGCCUACUACUUGGUCAGCAUCAUCAAUGCAGGCGGGUUGGUUGGCCGUCUAUUGCCUACUUUCUUGGCGGACAAAUUCAGAUCAGGCCCUGUACUCAUUCAAGCACUUGCGGCUAUCUCUUGUGGCACGCUAGCAUUUGGCUGGCCGCAUAUGAAAACGUCCCUGGCAGGACUGGUCAUCUGGCUCGUCGCAUACGGGUUUCUGAGCGGCACUUUUAUUAGCCUCAUUCCGGCUAGUGCAGUGACAUUGACAAAAGAUCUGAGCAGGCUUGGAGGGAGGCUGGGAAUAGUCUUUGGUGGAAAUGCCUUCGCUAGUUUGAUUGGAAACCCUAUUGCCGGCGCGAUCUUGCGUGGUAGCAACUCAGCUUGGACAGGUCUUGGAAUUUACUGUGGCGUGUUCAACUUUGUGGGUGGCUGCAUCCUGGUUGCAUGCUGGGCGUCGGAUGUUCGUAGCAAGGCUAGACAACGGGGAAGUUGA